UGUGGCUCCUUCCUCAGAUUUAGGAAGUGGAUCCCCACUGGGAUUUCCUUUCAAAGGUGACUUGUAACCUAUUCAUUAGGGUAGAUUUUGGCAGGGCAGUAAUGGUGCAUUUGAGCAGGGUCGGACACGCAUUAGUUGUGUGUGUUCAGAGUUCAUUUUGGGUGAGGGGGAGCAUUUGCCUUUCCAAGAGUGGAAAAUAAACACUGCCAGUUCUGCAGCAGCAGCAGCAGGUCUGAGGAAGGAAGCGGUGGCAAUGCUCUGAUGGGUACCAUGGAGUUUAAAAAAGACGCCAGUCCAGUAACAAUUGAGAUGCUUCUCAUAGUUCGCCCUCAGAAGAGGAAGACAGUGCAAAGGGUGCAGACAGACAGACAGACGGAAAUCAGUGCCUCGCACCACAGCCAAGGUUUUCAAAGCGAUGAAAAUGGAAAUGACAGAUCGCAGCAACCCAGAGGGAAUGGCCUUCCUGGCCAGCCAGUUCAGAUGCAGCCUGACGAGCAGGUACCAGUCAUUACUUCCUACACCAACGAAGGAACUCAUGUGACUGUCGAGGUACAUCCUAGAAAUACCACCCCACAGCUGUUCAAGAAAUUCUCCCUUGGGAAAGGAGUCCGCAAGCUGCCAAGUCUCACAGGCCUGGAUAACAAAGGUUUUCAAGAGAACGGAGAGGGCAGAGUGCCCCUGCCUGGUGAAAAAGACCUGCAUGCAUAUCCAUGGGACAAAUCCAGUCUGAAAUCCAUGACAUUAGACCUGCAGCAGUUUGAGAAACUGGAUGCCUAUGCAUCAAAGGUGAGUGUCAAGAACAGCAUAGAGGAACUGGUGAAAGCCCUGCUCCGAGAAGCCCGAAAUGAUCUGGAGAAGGUCAGAGCCAUUUGGAUGUGGAUAUGUCAUCACAUAGAAUACGAUGUUGCAGGCUUUCAUAACAAAGGCCAGCGUUCUUGUGAGCCAAAGGAUGUCCUUCACACUGGGAAGAGCGUUUGUGCGGGAUACACUGGGCUCUUUCAACAAAUGUGCAGUGUUGCAGGUGUACAGUGCAUGAAGUUAUCAGGAUACUCUAAAGGGUACGGUUACAGACGUGGACAGUCCUUUACAGGGGAUAGUGACCAUGCCUGGAAUGCAGUUUACCUUGAUGGAAGGUGGCAUCUGCUGGACAGCACCUGGGGAAGUGGCUCAGUCAAUGAUUCGUGCAGCAAGUUCACCUUUCAAUACCAGGAGUUUUAUUUUCUUACGCACCCGGCCCUAUUUAUUAAUAAUCAUUUCCCAGACAACAGCAACUGGCAGCUCCUGAAGCCAGCUCUGACACUGAAAGAGUUUGAGAGCAAUAUGUUAUACAACAGUCAGUUUUACAACCUGGGAAUGCUGGCCGCACAUCCAGAAACGCCCAUCAUCCAAACAGUAAAUGGAAAAGCAACUAUUUCUAUCGAGAGCCGGGCUCCACUAUUAUUUAUGUUUAAGCUGCAGGGAAAUGAGGAACAUGGUUUAAUGACAUUAAAAAAGAAUGGGAUGAAGCUGGAGAUCUAUCCCCAGAAGACUGGAAAUCACAAGCUGCAGGUCUUUGCCAAGCCCUCCAAAGGCUCAGAGGAUAGCUACAAUGAGGUGUUAGAAUACACCAUAGAGUGCAGCUCUGUGGACAAGAACAUGUGUUUCCCAAAGGACCUACGUCAGCCUGUUGGACCCAGCUGGUUCACGGAGCGGAAAGGAUUCCUGAGACCAUCACACUCUGACCCCAUCAUUCACACCAAUGACGGGCGGUGUUCCAUCACUUUCACGCUGGGUAAAGAUAUAAGUAUCCUACCCUCACUGCAUUCGGAUAACACUAGCUUGACUGAGGAUAUGAGAAGAAGGCACAUCAUGGAAAUCCAUCGAGGAAACCAAAUUGAGUUUAAGAUCCAUCUCCCCCAUGCAGGAAAGUUUGUUCUUAGACUGUUUGCCAAGAAGAAGUCAGACCCAGGCAAUUACAAUUACAUCUUCAACUACCUCAUCUCCUGCCCAAACACCGAAGUGAAGUGGCCAGUUUUUCCAGAGAAUUAUAGAAACUGGGCAAAAAGCUAUGAACUACUGGAGCCACUUGCUGGGCUGCUGCCAGCCAAUCGCAACAUUCAGUUUAAGCUCAAGCUGCAUAGUAUAGCAAAGGCAUUUGUUAAGGGUAAAGACACUUCUCCUCUGACCCUGACUAAAGAUGGUUACUGGGAAGGAACAUGUAAUACUUCUGGCUGCACAGAGGUGUGUGUCAUGGUGCAAGAGAAUGCCAAUCUCAAGUUCUCAUACAUCCUGAAAUACGAAGUAGAGACCCAGUAAACCCCCUCUCGCUCUUUUCGUCAUCUUGCACAAACUAACAACAUUUCAACAUGUCUAAAACCCACAUCAUUUUAUUGUUCCCAUUAGCUCCCUCCAUCAAAUCUACAAAUAUAGAACAACAUUCAGAUAUCUUUGGAAGAGCCGGUGCAAGAUAAAAAUGAGCAAAAAUCAGUAAUUGUUGUAAAGUGAGCAGCUGUGUAGGGAAUUCAAAAUAAUUAUAGACACUGUUAGGAGAUACCUUCCAGAGAAAUGGUUUGAGGGAAGCAAUUGACUUUUUAUGUCCAUGGUUCAUUAACAUUUCAGCGGUAGCUAUUGGUUUCUGAAUUAUCGUGCAUCACCAAAAAGGUUUAUCAGGGCUACUCCAAGAAGAAUUUGAUUAAUCAUGGGCUAGGGAAAAGAAAGCACCUCAUAGUUUUGCAAUAUGACUCUGUGUAUCUCUGGCAUAACAACAAAAUACAUCCCAGUGAAGCGAUGUUCUACUGAAAGAAUAUAUACUAAGUGAAGGCUUUCUUGUGCACUUCAUUGUCUUACAAAUUUAAAUGACGCUGCAAAAUAACUGUUUUUACACUAGAUCUUCAAUUCAAUAAAAAAACAUUAAUUUUUACCUUA